UGCUCGGCGCAGGCGGAGAAAGCUCAGUGUGAAGCAGACUCAACCUCUUCCAGCUCCACUCGUACUGCUGACAUCCCUCAGCGAGCCAGUACAAUCAGGGCCUAUCCCUGUCUUGUUUUCGGGCAUAUUUUCCAUGAAAUCUAGAAACUGAUAAGACAACGACACAGCCAUCAUCUAGGGGUUGUAAAAAAAACUAAUUUAGUAGUUUAGGAUAUAUUUAGGGACGCUUCGCCUUUAGAGCAAGAUGUUAGAUCCGUCGUCCAGUGAGGAGGAAUCUGAUGGGAUAGUGGAGGAGGAAAGCAAAGAGGCGAUGGCACCUCAGGCCGGAUCCCGCAUCUCACCAAGCAGGACCACCGAGAGCUCGGGUGGACUAGCGCCCAGCAGCAGCCGCAGCAGUGCCCGUCCGACCAGCCCGAGCCCGUCAGCCGCCAGCGAGGAGAAAGAGGAUGUGGAGAAGCUGCAGCGGGAGGAGGAAGACCGUAAAAAGAAGCUGCAGUUAUAUGUUUUUGUGAUGCGAUGCGUCGCGUACCCAUUCAAUGCAAAACAGCCCACAGAUAUGGCAAGGCGACAGCAGAAGAUAACCAAGCAGCAACUUCAGCAGACUAAGGACCGUUUCCAGGCCUUCCUCAAUGGAGACACACAGAUUGUGGCUGAUGAAGCAUUCAUCAAUGCUGUGCAGAGCUACAAUGAGGUGUUCCUGAAGAGUGACCGUGUGGCUAAGAUGGUCCAGAGCGGCGGCUUCUCGGCCAAUGAUUUCAGGGAAGUGUUCAAGAGGCACAUCGAGAAGCGCGUACGAAGCCUUCCAGAAAUCGACGGUCUGAGCAAGGAGACAGUACUCAGCUCUUGGAUGGCCAAGUUUGACACCAUCUACCGCGGUGACGAGGAUCCACGCAAAGCGCAGCAACGCAUGACUGCCAGUGCGGCCUCUGAGCUGAUCCUCAGCAAGGACCAGCUGUACGAGAUGUUCCAGAAUAUCCUCGGCAUCAAAAAGUUUGAGCAUCAGCUGCUUUAUCAAGCCUGUCAGUUGGACAACCUGGAUGAGCAAGCUGCACAGAUCAGAAGAGAACUUGAUGGUCGUCUUCAGAUGGCGGACCAGAUUGCCAGGGGUGGCAAGUUCCCCAAAUUUGUGUCUAAAGAGAUGGAGGCCAUGUUCAUCGAGGAGCUCAAGUCCUCCGUGAAUCAGCUGAUGGCCAAUCUGGAGAGCAUGCCCGUGUCCAAGGGAGGGGAGUUCAAACUCCAGAAGAUGAAACGGGGACACAAUACCUCCAUCAUUGACAUGGGCCAGGAGGACGAGAACACGCUAUCCAAGUCGGAUGUGGUUCUGUCCUUUACUUUAGAGGUGGUGAUCAUGGAAGUGCAGGGGCUAAAGUCUCUGGCUCCAAACAGGAUUGUCUACUGCACCAUGGAGGUGGAAGGAGGCGAGAAACUCCAGACCGACCAAGCAGAAGCAUCCAAGCCCACGGUUGUCCUCCACCCAACUCCAAACAGUCCCAAGCAGUCAGAGCUCCAUAAGAUGACCGUGACCAAGGCUUGCCCUGACCAAGAUCUGAGGAUCAAACUGGCCAUACGUAUGGACAAACCACAGAACAUGAAACACUGCGGGUAUCUGUGGGCUUUUGGAAAGAAUGUUUGGAAACGCUGGAAGAAGCGUUUCUUUGUCCUUGUGCAGGUGAGUCAGUACACGUUUGCCAUGUGCAGCUACAGAGAGAAAAAGUCAGAGCCACAAGAGCUUCUCCAGCUGGACGGGUACACUGUGGACUACAGUGACCCCCAGCCAGGCUUGGAUGGUGGCAGGGCUUUCUUCAAUGCAGUAAAAGAAGGCGACACUGUAAUCUUUGCAAGCGAUGAUGAGCAGGACCGCAUCCUGUGGGUCCAGGCCAUGUAUCGUGCCACUGGCCAGUCCCACAAACCCGUCCCACCCACUCAAGUUCAGAAACUCAACUCCAAAGGUGGUGCCUCAGCCCAAAUGGAUGCUCCCAUUUCUCAGUUCUAUGCUGACAGAGCUCAGAAACACGGAAUGGAUGAGUUUAUCUCCGCUAACCCCUGUAGCUUUGACCAUGCCUCGCUUUUUGAGAUGGUGCAGCGACUUACGUUGGAUCACAGGCUCAACGACACCUUUUGCUGCUUGGGAUGGUUUAGCCCAGGCCAGGUGUUUGUCUUGGAUGAGUACUGUGCCAGGAAUGGAGUUCGAGGUUGUCACAGACAUCUGUGUUACCUGCGUGAUCUACUGGAAAGAGCAGAAAGUGGGGUUAUUAUUGACCCCACUCUUCUUCACUACAGCUUCGCUUUUUGUGCCUCCCAUGUCCAUGGGAACAGGCCAGACGGGCUGAGCACAGUGAAAGUGGAUGAGAAGGAGCGCUUUGAAGACAUCAAGGAGCGGUUGCGUGUGAUAUUGGAAAACCAGAUUGUAAAUUUCAGAUAUUGUUUCCCCUUCGGUCGUCCAGAGGGAGCACUGAAGGCCACUUUAUCUUUGCUGGAGAGGGUUCUGAUGAAGGACAUUGUGACCCCAGUUCCACAAGAAGAAGUUAAAGGAGUGAUCCGCAAAUGUUUGGAGCAGGCCGCUCAGCUCAACUACGAGCGGAUUAAAGAAUAUGCUACAAUUGAAGGAAAAAAGAGGGAAAUGUUUGAGCACCCUGUCUUCUGCUUGGCGUCUCAAGUGAUGGAUUUAACCAUCCAGAACGUAGGCCGCUUAGUCACACCUGCCAAAAAACUGGAGGAAACAAUUCGCCUGGCGGAGUUAGUCAUAGAGGUCCUCCAGCAGAACCAGGAACACCAUGCGGAGGCGGCAGUCACAAGUUCUGGAGAUCAAUCGGGAAAAGAGGCAUUUGCAUGGUGGACAGACCUCAUGGUGGAACAUGCAGAAAACUUCCUGGCCCUCUAUGCCAUCGACAUGGAUGCCGCUCUGGAGAUCCAGUCCCCUGAGAGCUGGGACAGUUUCCCUCUGUUCCAGCUGCUCAACGACUUCCUCCGGACAGACUAUCAUUUGUGCAAUGGAAAGUUCCACAAACACCUUCAGGAUCUGUAUGCUCCUCUGGUGGUUAGAUAUGUGGAUCUGAUGGAGUCCUCCAUAGCACAGUCAAUUCACAAGGGAUUUGAGCGAGAGUCCUGGGAACCUGUAAAGAGUUUAACAAGUAAUCUGCCCAAUGUGAAUCUACCAAAUGUGAACCUCCAAAUUCCCAAAGUACCAAAUCUGCCAGUGCCAGUAGCAGGACUAUCAGUUAACCUUCCACAAAUGCCUAGCUUUUCUACCCCGUCAUGGAUGGCUGCUAUAUAUGACUCUGAUAAUGGCUCCGGGACGUCGGAGGACCUCUUUUGGAAGCUAGACGCCCUCCAGACUUUCAUCAGGGACCUGCACUGGCCUGAGGAGGAGUUUGCCAAACACCUCGAGAGUCGCAUCCAGCUCAUGUCGAGCAACAUGAUCGAGAACUGCGUCAAGCGCACAAGGAUGGCAUUUGAGUCCAAGCUGACAAAGAGCAGCAAGUCCACAGAUUUCCGCAUUUCUCCACCAUUAUGCACCAUGUUCAACGUGAUGGUGGAUGCCAAGGACCAAUCAGCUAAAUUGUGUGCAAUGGAGAUGGGUCAAGAGAAACAGUACCACACCCAAAUAGACGAGUUGAUUGAGGAAAGUGUGAAAGACAUGAUCCAGCUUCUGGUUGCAAAGUUUGUUGUCAUUCUGGAGAGCGUGUUGGCUAAGAUUUCCAGAUAUGAUGAAGGCACUCUCUUCUCUUCAUUCCUCUCAUUCACGGUGAAAGCUGCCUCUAAAUAUGUGGAUGUACCUAAACCUGGAAUGGACGUGGCCGAUGGCUACGUGACCUUUGUGCGCCACUCUCAGGAUAUCCUUCGUGAUAAGGUCAAUGAGGAGGUGUAUAUAGAAAGGUUAUUUGAUCAAUGGUACACUGCCACCAUGAACCUGCUGGGGACCUGGCUCACUGAACGCAUGGAUCAGCAGCUCCACGUCUACCAGCUAAAGAUCCUAAUCAGGAUUACAAAGAAAAAGUACCGGGACUUUCGCCUGCAGGGUGUCCUCGAUUCCACCCUAAACAGUAAGAUGUACGACACGGUGCGCAACAGGCUGACCGUGGAGGAGGCCACGGCUUCAGUGAGGGAAGGAGGCAUGCAGGGCAUCUCCAUGAAGGACAGCGACGAGGAGGAUGAAGAGGACGACUAGAGCCCGGACACUGACACUCCAACCCGCACCCCGACCCCCUUUCACACUUUUGACUUUAGCCUGGUUACCGAUGCAUGUACCAACUCAGAUAGCCACUCUAGGACCUCUUUGUCAGCUCGAAAUGCCUAUGAAGGAACUAAUAAUUAUAAAAAUAGUACGUAUACUGAGGAAAUCUAAAUAAAAAUGUUGAAAAAUAACCAUGAUUGGCAGAUUAGCUGUGUCAUGAUAAAGAUAGCACCUAUCUUUGAUUCAUUCAUUUCUAAAUUCAUUUCUGUGUUACUAAGCAAUAUGGAGAACCAUUUGUUUGACAAUGUUGAGUGAGAUAAAUAGGUGUGUCCCUGUCCAAUGCAAUCCUAUAUGGCGCUUAUUUGUCGUAUUCUACAUUCAUUAAUGGUACAUUGUCGUGAUGAUGAGUGUGUGGACCCUUUUCUUUGUCUUGUCUGUUUUUAAGUGAAUGCCAACUGCUUCAAACUGAAAAUAAACCUCUGUAUUUGUUUACGGCUGUUGCAGAUACACUGUUGUCUACACACUGUUAUUAACAUUAACAACAGUAAGUCCAGACCUGCAUUUUUAUCAUGUGUCAAUGCUAUGUGAUCUUAUCUCAAUUACUAAUUAGACACGAUUCAACAGGAAUCAUGAACUUCAACGAGUGGUUAUUCUAGAGAUGCAAUAUUCUCAUAGCUCCAUUUUGAUAACUUGGGAGAUUCUAUUUUUAUUUUAACAUUAAAAGGCCUUGAAACAGGUUCUAUUUUAAUUGAGUUGCACUUUUACAGAGAAAAGAGCAAAAUAGUUUUUUUUAUUAAAAAAAAAAAAAGUUGGUCUGUCCUUGUUCUGUAAUUGUGUAGAAUGAGAUGUCUGGCAUUUGUUUGGGUCUCACUGUUGUUUUGUAUAUAUUAUAUAAAUAUAUAUAAAUAUAAAAUGCUGUACAUUGCAUUCUGAGCCAUCGCUGCAUGCCUGUGGGUUCCCACCCUCCCCAAACGCUUUCUGUUUUCUGUGUGAAUUAGCUGGUGGAUUUGUUCUUGCUUUUGCCUUAUGAAAGCCAACAGUUGUAAUAUGCAAGAGCUGUGGCCUCUAAAUAAAAAUUACUGUACAUGUGCA